GCCGCGGUCUGACUCAGCGGGGGGCAGGGCUCAAACCGCCUCCGUCACGCUGCGUCAGUCCAGAGUCGCACAAUUAUGAAAAUUCCACCUUCCGCUGGAGCUGCAGCGGACGCACACGACUCCCUCCGCCGCCACCGGGCUCUCCUUCCGCGGCUCACCGAGCAGCACGGCGCCGAUAGAUGGCUAGACGCCUUGGAUCAGCGCGUCGCGACUCUGAACGGUGAAGAGAAUGUCCCAGAAGUCCUGGAUUGAACACAGUUUCACCAAGAGGGAAUGUGUCUAUAUACUGCCCGUGUCAAAAGACCCGCACAGAUGCCUCCCAGGAUGCCAAAUCUGUCAGCAGCUCGUGCGAUGCUGCUGCGGGCGUCUGGUUCGGCAGCACGUGGGCUUCACCGCCACACUGGCAGUGAAAUACUCAGACGUGCGCCUGACCGAGGGAGAGCUGUCCGAUCUGGAGCAGUGGUCAGUGGAGAAGCACACGGAGGAGAGUCCCACUGAUGCUUACGGAGUCAUCAACUUCCAGGGAGGAUCCCAUUCGUACAGAGCCAAGACGGGCGGCACCAGACUCUCUACCUGCUGUCGAUACACUUUAUUCAUCGGAAGAGACGUUGUAGCGCCGUACCAAACCCUGCUGAAUCCUCUCAGUAAACUCAACGUGCUGAACAACUUCCACUCUCAUUUCGUCCUGGUGGAUGAUGGGACAGUCGGGAAAUAUGGAGCUGAAGUCAAACUCAGGAGAGAGCUGGAGAAACACAUUAACCUGCAGAGAAUCCACGCCCGCAUUGGUCAGGGCGUCCCGGUCGUGGCUCUGAUCUUUGAAGGAGGUCCAAAUGUGAUCCUGACGGUGCUGGAGUAUCUUCAGGAGAGCCCGCCGGUGCCGGUGGUGGUGUGUGAGGGAACCGGACGCGCCGCUGAUAUACUGGCAUACGUACACAAGCAGACGGAGCAGGACGGAGCGCUGCCUGACGGCGUUGAGGCCGACAUCAUUGCGACAAUCAAGAAAACGUUCAACUUUAGCCAGAGCGACGCACUGCAUCUCUUCCAGACGCUGAUGGAGUGCAUGAAGAACAAAGAGCUGAUCACAGUGUUUCCUGUGGGCUCGGAGGACCAUCAGGACAUCGAUGUGGCAAUCCUGAAGGCUCUGCUCAAAGGCACGAACGCGUCGGCCUUCGAUCAGCUGGUCCUGACGCUGGCGUGGGAUCGGGUGGAUAUCGCUAAAGAUCACGUGUUUGUUUAUGGACAACAGCUGCUGGUGGGCUCCCUCGAGCAGGCGAUGUUGGAUGCGUUGGUGAUGGACCGUGUGGAGUUUGUUAAGCUCCUGAUAGAGAAUGGCGUCAGUAUGCACCGGUUCCUCACAAUCACACGUCUGGAGGAGCUGUACAACACGAAACAAACUCCGACCAAUCCGACGCUCUAUCACCUGGUGAGGGACGUCAAACAGGGUAACCUCCCGCCCAACUAUAAGAUCACGCUGAUCGACAUGGGGCUGGUGAUCGAGUAUCUGAUGGGAGGAACGUACAGGUGCAACUACACACGCAAACGCUUCCGCAUCAUCUACAACAACCUGCACGGGAACAGCCGGCGGUCAGGUCGACACACAGCUGGCAGCUCCCAUGAGUCCUUCAGCAUUCAAGCAGAUAAAAAAGAGAAGACACGACACAAUCACUUCAUCAACACAGCUCAGCCCUACAAACCCAGGCUGGACUCUGUCUCCGAGCAGCAGAAGAAGAAGAGUAAGGAGGAGGUGGUGGACAUCGAUGAUCCGGAGACGCGCAGGUUCCCGUACCCCUUCAACGAGCUGCUGGUGUGGGCCGUGCUGAUGAAGCGGCAGAAGAUGUCUCUGUUCUUCUGGCAGCACGGCGAGGAGUCCAUGGCCAAAGCUCUGGUGGCCUGCAAACUGCUGCGCUCCAUGGGAUACGAGGCCAAGAAGAGCGACGUGGUGGACGACACGUCCGAGGAGCUGAAGGAGUAUUCCAAUGAGUUCGGCACGCUGGCGGUGGAUCUGCUGGAGCAGUCGUUCAGGCAGGACGAGACGAUGGCCAUGAAGCUGCUGACGUACGAGCUGAAGAACUGGAGCAACUCCACCUGUCUGAAGCUGGCGGUGUCGUCGCGCCUCCGGCCGUUCGUGGCUCACACCUGCACACAGAUGCUGCUCUCCGACAUGUGGAUGGGCCGCCUGAACAUGCGCAAGAACUCCUGGUACAAGGUGAUCCUGAGCAUCCUGGUUCCUCCUGCCAUCCUCCUGCUGGAGUACAAGACCAAAGCGGAGAUGUCCCACAUUCCCCAGUCGCAGGACGCUCAUCAGAGCAUGGAGGACAGCGAGCACAACCUGCAGAAGCCUGACGACAUCCCCAUGGAUGUGUUUAAGGAAGCCCGUCCCAAUGAGAACGCUGAUGUGAAGAAUGAGAUGGAGGUGCACGUGCGUUCCCGCCGGUUACCCAUCACACGCAAGUUCUACGCCUUCUACCACGCGCCGAUCGUCAAGUUCUGGUUCAACACGCUCUUUUAUAUCGGUUUCCUGAUGCUGUAUUCAUACGUGGUGCUGGUGCGAAUGGAGCCGUUUCCAUCUCCUCAGGAAUGGGUCGUCAUUCUUUACAUCUUCACGCUGGCGGUGGAGAAGAUUCGAGAGAUGUUCAUGUCUGAAGGAGGCAAAAUCAGUCAGAAGAUUAAAGUCUGGUUCAGCGACUACUUCAACGUGUCUGAUUUCCUGGCGCUCCUGAUGUUCUUUGUGGGCUUCGGCCUGCGCUUCGGCUCGGGGAGCGUGUUCAUCGCGGGCCGGAUCGUGUACUGUCUGAACAUCAUCUUCUGGUACGUGCGGCUGCUGGAUAUCUUGGCGGUCAAUCAGCAGGCUGGACCUUACGUCAUGAUGAUCGGGAAGAUGGUGGCCAACAUGUUCUACAUCGUGGUCAUCAUGGCCGUCGUGCUGCUGAGUUUUGGGGUUCCUCGGAAAGCCAUUCUGUACCCAAACGAGGAUCCCUCGUGGACUUUGGCCAAAGAUGUGGUGUUCCAGCCUUACUGGAUGAUGUACGGUGAAGUUUACGCCUACGAGAUCGACGUGUGUGCGAACUCGAGCGAGGAUCACGCUAAGGAGCUGUGUGCGACGGGUGUGUGGUUGACGCCGCUGCUGCAGGCCGUCUAUCUGUUUGUCCAGUACAUUCUGAUGGUCAACCUGCUCAUCGCCUUCUUCAAUAACGUCUACAUGCAGGUGAUGUCCAUAUCCAACCUGGUGUGGAAAUACCAGCGCUAUCACUUCAUCAUGGCGUACCACGACAAGCCGGUGCUUCCGCCGCCGCUGAUUCUGCUCAGCCACGCCGCGUCUGUACUGUCCUCCAUCUGCAGGAAGAGGAAGAAGGACAGCAGCGCCUACGGACUAAAGCUCUUCCUGACCGAGGAGGACCAGAAGAAGCUGCACGACUUCGAGGAGCAGUGCGUGGAGACGUACUUCCAUGAGAAAGACGAUCAGUUUCACUCUGGGAGUGAGGAGAGAAUCAGACUCACGUCCGACAGGGUGGAAACGAUGUGUGUGCAGCUGAAGGAGGUCGGAAACAAGGUGAACUUCAUCAAGCGCUCUUUGCACACGCUGGAUUCUCAAAUCGGACACCUGCAGGAUCUGUCGGCGCUCACGGUGGACACGCUAAAGGCGCUGACAGCGCAGCGAGCGUCCGAGGCUAGCAAAGUGCACAACCAGAUCACACGCGAGCUCAGCGUCUCCAAGAACCUGGGGCCCGACGUGACGGGGCACUCGAAGUCGAGCGCGCUGGUGCGGUGCAGCGUGGGAUUCCUGCCUCCCGCCGCCAGCAUAGCAGAGUCUCUGUUUGGGGGCGGAGCUGGAGGCGGAGCCGAGGAGCGACAGGGGGCAGCGCUUCCUCGGAGCCCCGAGGCUGGAUCGAGGUCAGAUCCGGCUCCAGCCACCUGUUUUUCAGAGCUCUUCCUGACCGAGGAGGACCAGAAGAAGCUGCACGACUUCGAGGAGCAGUGCGUGGAGACGUACUUCCAUGAGAAAGACGAUCAGUUUCACUCUGGGAGUGAGGAGAGAAUCAGACUCACGUCCGACAGGGUGGAAACGAUGUGUGUGCAGCUGAAGGAGGUCGGAAACAAGGUGAACUUCAUCAAGCGCUCUUUGCACACGCUGGAUUCUCAAAUCGGACACCUGCAGGAUCUGUCGGCGCUCACGGUGGACACGCUAAAGGCGCUGACCGCGCAGCGAGCGUCCGAGGCUAGCAAAGUGCACAACCAGAUCACACGCGAGCUCAGCGUCUCCAAGAACCUGGGGCCCGACGUGACGGGGCACUCGAAGUCGAGCGCGCUGGUGCGGUGCAGCGUGGGAUUCCUGCCUCCCGCCGCCAGCAUAGCAGAGUCUCUGUUUGGGGGCGGAGCUGGAGGCGGAGCCGAGGAGCGACAGGGGGCAGCGCUUCCUCGGAGCCCCGAGGCUGGAUCGAGGUCAGAUCCGGCUCCAGCCACGUUCUUCGUCAGCACGCCGUCACAGCUCACGGACUCGCGCACACACACGGAGCCGGCGCACGCCGCGGAGGAGUUCGGGGCCUUCGCGGGUGAGUAUGAGGAGGAAGAGGAGGGUGUUUAUGAGAGAAGUGAUGGAGGCCCCCCAGUGGUGGUCGUGAGUGACCCUGAGCGCGAAGGAUACGUCAAUCACGCCUUCGCUGACGAUGAAGACGACCCGCCCGAAAGAAACACGCCCCUCCCUCUGGCCGCUGAGCUCGGGCCCCGGGGCCCCCCGUGCUUCCGGAGAGAUGGCUGCUGCAGACGCGCGCUGAACAGACUCAGACAGAGGAGUGGAGGUCACAAGGAUGAUCCUGAAGGUCAGAGGUCGUUCCCUGAAGAGGUUGCUGUGAGCAGCCAGCAGUCGAGUCCCUCCAGAAAGGCUCAGGAUGCGGCGGCGGCAGCGCAGGGUCACAUGCGGACGGUGAACUCAUACGCCGGCUUCACCGAGUUCGACAGAAACCCUUCGUUCCUGCAUCCAGAGUCCACGCUCGGUAAGCAGGAGAGGACGCGUGUGUCGCUGGAGGACGUCUCUCGUUAUGAGGAUCUGCUGCUGGGGAAAUCAGCUCAGUCCAGCAGACUUUCUGGGCGGCGUGACGCUGCAGGUCUGUACGCUGGGCGACACACACACCUGGGGGUGCGUAAGGACUCGAUCGGUUCUCCGUUCAAGCCCAUGGAGAGUUAUCAGUAUUCAGCGGUGGAGCGUAAUAACCUGAUGCGGUUGUCUCAGAGUAUUCCAUUCACCCCAGUGCCCCCUAGAGGUAAGACGCAGCACUGCCCUCCUGUCUCUCUCUGUCCCAUCAGGCUUUGCUGUUUAUCAUGUAGUUCUGGGCGGCGUGACGGUAGUGAUUGGUUUUUACAUGUGAGAGAAGAAACAUGGAGUGAUAUUAAAAUACAUCAGACAAAUACGCCACUGAAACGGUGUUUGUGUUUGUGUUGUGAACAGGAAAUACAGCAGCAGAGAGCAGCUCAGAAACUCACGUUUGCCUUCAAUCAGAUCAGACCCAAAACCAUCCCGUACUCACCCAGGUUUCUGGAGGUGUUCCUGCUCUACUGUCACUCUGCCGGUCAGUGGUUUGCCAUCGAGGAGUGCAUCACUGGAGACUUCCGCAAGUUUAAUAACAACAAUGGGGAUGAAAUCGUCCCGACCAACCUUCUGGAAGAAACCAUGCUGGCCUUCAGCCACUGGACGUAUGAAUACACGCGAGGAGAGCUGCUGGUGCUGGAUCUGCAGGGGGUCGGCGAGAUACUGACAGAUCCGUCAGUCAUUAAGAGCGGAGAGAAAGGGUCUUAUGAUAUGAUCUUUGGCCCUGCGAAUCUUGGAGACGAUGCCAUUCGAAACUUCCGCACCAAGCAUCACUGUAACUCGUGCUGCAGAAAACUCAAACUUCCCGAUCUGAAGCGGAACGACUACACUCCUGAUAAACUGACGUCCUCCGAGGGCCCGUCCCAUUCGCCGCCUGCAGGGGGCGCCGCUAAAGAACAGCGUCCCUCAAUGCGCUUAAUGCUGUGAGCCGCACACAGACUCGCAUCUCUGAAAACACUCUUCACAAGACAGAAACUAAGACACGGUGUGUGUGUGUGUGUGGAGGACACGUUUUAUACGAACGCGUCGCCUCUGAACAAAUGCAAUCUAGAGAUGUUUUAAAAAGUCACAUUUUAUCCUGUACAACUAUAACAGGGAGUAUGAGCUUUUAAAAGUAUUUUUUAACAUUUUUAUGUCUGUAUGAAACUAUAAAGUGGUUAAUAACUGGUACAAUAUCAGUGUAUAGAGUUAAAUAUUUAUUCUAAACUACUACAAGUUGCCUUGUAUAAAAUAAAAGCAGUUUUACAUGUGAUGUCUGUCACUUUUUGGAAAGAACACUUGCUCGUUAUACUAUUAUCAGAUUUUGUACAGAGCUGUAUGCCAAGAGAAUGUGUUUAUGUACAGAGCUGUAUGAAUGCAUUUAUGGUUCAGACUUCCUAUGCGUCUGAAUCUGGUCAGAUUGCAAUGCAAGAUUUCACUGAAACCGGUCCAUGCAGUCAAGACUCCUCUUUAUAAUGUCACCGCGGUACUGUUGUCCUUUACUGUCUCCGGAGGAUCGUGAGAGUGUUGAUGUAGUGUAUCUCAUAGAUGCAUUUAUCUGGCACCAUGCUAUCAGCUGAAACGUGAGAAUAUCUGAUGCUGGCGAUACUAUAUUAAUGGACCUGUACACAUUUUUUACUGUAUAUUUAAUAAAACACUGAAAAAUCA